GGGAGGGGUGAAGCCAGGGGAGUAAACGAGAGAAGAGCGCGCGGGGGGAGGUGGAGAUGCGGGGAGCGCGCCUGGCGCAGAGAGCUGAGUGGACCGCUCCAGACAGCGGCGCGUGCAGCAGCUCCUGAAAGCGGCGAGUUGGCAGAGCCGGGCUGCGUUUCCAGCAGGAGCUGCGAGCUCAGUGCAAGCUCACAACAAGAUGCUCAAGGUGUCAGCCGUAUUGUGUGUGUGUGCAGCCGCUUGGUGCAGUCAGGCUCUCGCCGCUGCGGCGGCGGUGGCUGCGGCCGGGGGGCGGUCGGACGGCGGUAAUUUUCUGGACGAUAAACAAUGGCUCACCACGAUCUCUCAGUAUGACAAGGAAGUCGGACAGUGGAACAAAUUCCGAGACGAAGUAGAGGAUGAUUAUUUCCACACUUGGAGUCCAGGAAAAGCCUUCGACCAGGCUUUAGAUCCAGCUAAAGAUCCAUGCCUAAAGAUGAAAUGUAGUCGCCAUAAAGUAUGCAUUGCUCAAGAUUCUCAGACUGCAGUCUGCAUUAGUCACCGGAGGCUUACACACAGCAUGAAAGAUGCAGGAGUAGGCCAUAAGCAAUGGAGGGGUCCCGUAUCAUCCACCUGCAAGCAGUGCCCAGUGGUCUACACCAACCCUGUGUGUGGUUCAGAUGGGCACACCUACUCUUCUCAGUGCAAACUAGAGCAUCAGGCAUGUGUCUUAGGAAAACAGAUCUCAGUCAAAUGUGAAGGACGUUGCCCAUGUCCUUCAUUUAAGUCCACAAGUACAAGCAGAAAUGUUAAGAGAGCAUGCAGUGACCUGGAGUUCAGGGAAGUGGCAAAUAGAUUGCGGGACUGGUUCAAGGCCCUUCAUGAAAGCGGAAGCCAAAACAAGAAGACAAAAGCACUACUGAGGCCCGAGAGAAGCAGAUUUGAUACCAGUAUUUUGCCAAUUUGCAAGGAUUCACUUGGCUGGAUGUUUAAUAGACUUGAUACAAACUAUGACCUUCUACUGGACCAGUCAGAGCUCGGAAGCAUUUACCUUGAUAAGAAUGAACAGUGUACCAAGGCAUUCUUCAACUCUUGUGACACAUACAAGGACAGUUUGAUAUCUAACAAUGAAUGGUGCUACUGCUUCCAGAGACAGCAAGACCCACCUUGCCAGACGGAGCUCAGCAAUAUUCAGAAGCGGCAAGGGGUAAAGAAGCUCCUAGGACAGUACAUCCCCCUAUGUGAUGAAGAUGGUUACUACAAGCCAACACAAUGCCAUGGCAGUGUCGGACAAUGCUGGUGUGUUGACAGAUAUGGAAAUGAAGUAAUGGGAUCCAGAACAAAUGGUGUUGCAGAUUGUGCUAUUGAUUUUGAGAUCUCUGGAGAUUUUGCAAGUGGAGAUUUCCAUGAAUGGACUGAUGAUGAAGAUGACGAAGACGAUAUUAUGAAUGAUGAAGAUGAAAUUGAAGAUGAUGAUGAGGAUGAAGGGGAUGAUGAUGAUGAUGGUGAUGAUCAUGAUGGAUACAUCUGAUUGUUGAGAGCUGAGAUCAAUAAAAUCUACAUUUCUAUUAUUUACAAAGUGAUAACCUAUUGAGAAUGACCUUCUUGCCCCAAAACAAAAUGAUUCUAAAACUCACAUAUAUUUUGUAUAAUUAUUUCAAAUAUUGGAGCUAAUGUCAUAGAACUUUA